AUGAAUGCAAGUGAGUUCCGCAAAAAAGGCAAAGAGAUGGUGGACUAUGUGGCUGACUACAUGGAAGGCAUCGAGAAACGUCAGGUCUAUCCGGAUGUAGAGCCUGGUUAUCUGCGCCCCCUGAUCCCUGCUACUGCCCCCCAGGAGCCAGAAACCUUUGAGGCCAUCAUGAAUGAUGUUGAGAAGAUCAUCAUGCCAGGGGUGACCCACUGGCACAGCCCACACUUCUUCGCCUACUUCCCCACGGCCAGUUCAUACCCAGCUAUGCUUGCAGACAUGCUGUGUGGGGCCAUCGGCUGCAUCGGCUUCUCUUGGGCUGCAAGCCCAGCGUGCACAGAGCUGGAGACGGUGAUGAUGGACUGGCUCGGGAAGAUGCUGGAGCUGCCGGAGACUUUCUUGGCUGAGAGUGCUGGAGAAGGAGGUGGUGUGAUCCAGGGAAGUGCUAGUGAAGCAACCUUGGUGGCCCUCCUGGCUGCUCGGACCAGAGUGACUAGACAGCUACAGAUAACAUCACCGGAACUUUCACAAGCUGCCAUCAUGGAAAAGCUGGUGGCUUACUCAUCUGAUCAGGCACACUCCUCAGUGGAAAGAGCUGGACUGAUUGGUGGAGUGAAGUUAAAAGCCAUCCCCUCUGAUGGCAAUUUUGCCAUGCGGGCUUGUGCCCUGAAGGAGGCCUUGGAGAGAGACAAGGCCUCUGGCCUGAUUCCCUUCUUUGUGGUUGCGACACUGGGAACCACGUCUUGCUGCUCAUUUGAUAAUCUAUUAGAAGUGGGUCCUAUCUGUAACCAGGAGAAUGUGUGGCUGCACAUUGAUGCUGCCUACGCAGGCAGUGCCUUCAUCUGCCCUGAAUUCCGGCAUCUUCUGAAUGGGGUAGAGUUUGCAGAUUCAUUUAACUUUAAUCCCCACAAAUGGCUUUUGGUGAAUUUUGACUGCUCUGCCAUGUGGGUGAAAAAGAGAUCCAGUUUAACAGGAGCCUUUAAACUGGACCCCCUUUACCUGAAGCAUAGUCACCAAGAUUCAGGACUUAUCACAGAUUACAGGCACUGGCAACUGCCACUGGGCCGAAGAUUUCGCUCCUUAAAAAUGUGGUUUGUGUUUAGGAUGUAUGGAGUCAAAGGACUGCAGGCCUAUAUUCGCAAGCAUGUCCAGCUCUCUCACGAGUUUGAGUCUCUGGUCCGCCGGGAUCCCUGCUUUGAGAUCUGUGCCGAAGUCACUCUUGGACUGGUCUGCUUUCGACUAAAGGGGUCCAACAAACUGAAUGAAGCUCUUCUUGAAAAAAUCAACAAUGCCAGAAAAAUCCACUUGGUUCCAUGCCACCUCAAAGACAAGUUUGUGUUGCGUUUUGCCAUCUGCUCUCGCACUGUGGAAUCUGUCCACAUUCAGCAGGCCUGGAAGCACAUCAAAGAGCUGGCAACCCAACUGCUGCAAACAGAGAAAGAGUAA